AUGGCAGACCAAGAGACUGACAGGGGAGGUUCGAUGGUUUCUAUGUGUACCCAAUUCGAUUCCUUAACUUAUCUAGAACCAACAUCACUGCAUCUUUCUCCUGCCACUUCUCCUUCUCAAUCAUUUCCUCUACUGAGGAAGAAGGCCUGGCCAGUUGAUGAAUAUGGGACUGUGCUUGUUGACUUGGGAAUAAAACAAUGCCUCUGCAUUGGAAUAGAUGCUGACAAUAAGUUUCAAAAUUUAAAAUUUUCCCUAGAGCCAAAAUUGACUAUGAGCUUCUUAGGUGUUUCUUUGCUGGCAUUCUUCAUCCUCACUAGCAUCCUUCUUGUUUCAUCUCAAAACGAUAAUGAGUAUGAAGAUGUUGUCAAGUCAGUAAAAAAGAUCAACAAGCAUGUUUUGCUAACUAUAAAGAGCCCAGAUGGAGAUCUCAUUGAUAAACGAAAUAAACCAUGUUUCAAUCACUCUAUUUUACGGGACCACACGAUUCAAGAAGUGCCUACACAAAUGCUUAAAAGGAAGAAAUAUGCAAGGAACAGUAGGAUUAAUAAAGCAUUUCAAAUUUGCCGACGAAAUAGGAUGAUGUGUACUAACAAUACUAUUCCUGUAAGACGAAGCACAAUUGCUGAUGUUAUGCGACUCAAUUCUACUUCUGAAUUGAAAAAGAAACAAAAACCUUUUCGACAUCAGCUUCCGAUUUUUACUGAAAACCAUGAGUAUGCGAGCGUCGUUUAUGACGCAGUAGCAGAGUUAUAUGGGGUGGCAGGAGCAAUAAAAAUGGCUAGGCCAUCGGUUUCUGGUGAGAAUGGGUGCAGCCAAUCUCAUGUUCAAAUCAAAACAGGAUCAGGACAAGAUUUUGAAAGCAUUACAGUUGGAUGGAAUGUAUGCCCGGAGUUAAAUGGUGAUAAUAACAUCAGACUAUUCCUUUUAUGGACAAGGGACGGGUAUCAGACGACAAAAUGUUACAAUUAUGAGUGUAAUGGAUUCGUUGCGGAAAACGACGAGGACAACGAGGACGAUGUCGUGCUAGGAGAUGAACUUGAGCCAUCACCUGCCCAUCCCGACAUUUAUGUGAAAAUUUGGAAGGAUCCAGUGCGACAAAUUUGGUCGUUGAUGAUUGAUGAUGAAGUGAUGGGCGAAUGGAGAAGGGAUAUAUUUCCUCGGUUGGGAGGUAUAUAUACGAGUGUAGAGUGGGGUGGUGAGGUAUCCAACAACAGGACACAAAUGGGGUCCGGUCGUUUUGAAAACGAGGAAGGCGCAUGUUAUAUUCGUAACUUAGAGAUCAUGACUUCGGGUAACUCCCACCAUCCCAUUGAAGUUCCAUUUGAAGAGCUUACGGAAAGGGAGACAAAUCCAGAAUUGUACAACGUCUCCAUUAAGCACAAUCGGCGUUACAUAUACUUUGGUGGCCCAGGCUUAACCGCAUGA